AGGGAUUUCUAGAGUGAACUGAUAGAAAACAAAAAUCUUCAAAAAAUUUUUUUUAUUUAAAAAAACUAUUAACUCACGAAAACUAUAACUAGAAUGACAAAUAAUUCACAAACAAUUCGUAAGAAAAAGAAAUUUUAAAAGUCGUCUGACUAGUUAUAUAUGUGUGAAUCUUGCAUUAGGAUGCUUAUUGAAAGCUUCAGUAGGAGAAACUAGACUUUCAUGUACACAUCUAUUCGACCUUGGGCUGAAACUAAUAAAUAUAUACAGAAGAAUUUUCGCACACGUUUGCGAUAUUUGCAUCGAUAUUUUGUUUACGUGCAUUCUUAGAAAUCCUUAUAUUUAUUUAUAUUUGUCGCGCACGGUUGUUUAUUCACGUUACACCUUGUUACAUUUUAUACGAAGUAUUUUUUUUACAUAUUUUUUGAUGUAAAAGUUAAUCGUUAAUUUUUUUUAAAUAUAAUUUCACAUCGCGGUAAUGAAAAUGACGAGAAGAACAUUAAACGUUGAUAUAUUUCAAUAUUGUUUGUUACUAUUACCUAUAUAAUACAAAACUGCAAGACUUUGUAUUUUGUAUAUUAAGAUUAUAUAUAUAUAUAUAUUGAUGUUGAAUAUCUAUUAUGGAAAAUAAAAAUAGCAACAAUUUUAUUAGUUAUGUGGAAUUGGAGGAGCAUAAGAUGCAGACUUUCAGCUCCAGUCGACGUAAUUCGUUAAUUGAAAAUAAUAUAAAGCUAUUGCCAGGAGAAGUUCUUAUUGCCGAGGCUCAAAGUGUCCUUAUGUUUUCACCCGUCGGCGAUCUGAAACAGGGUACAUCCGGUGUUUUGUCAGUGACUAAUUUUAAACUUACAUUUAUCACCAGCGACGACUCAAAUGGGGAGGACGCUACUCACCAGCAAAAUCAUUUGUACGGAUAUACGGAUACAUGUUUGACAAAUAUCGAUGAGAUUUAUAUAAUGGUGGGCGAUAAGAAGAGGAAACUAGUCCCUGGAAGUACAGUACCAUCAAAAGUAAAAGGGAUAUUUAUUAUUUGCAAAAAUCUAAGAACGUGGUCCUUUUCUUUCAAAUUUUCACCGAUUGGACAUGGUAAGAAUCUCUUGACUGCAUUACUUCAUCACGCUUUCCCUAGCAGACACCAGCUGUUAUUUGCCUACGAUUACAAAGAAGCUUAUUAUAGCAGCCUUGACAAAAAUGUUCAGUUAUUUCGAGAUAUAUUGGAUUGGCAAAAUGAAUUAAAUAGAAUAUUGUGUAGCGAUGAAAUAAGGAAAGGAUGGAGAUUAUCUAUGGUUAAUGCCAAGUUUCAACUUUGUUCUAGUUUAUCACAAUACAUAGUUGUGCCUGCAUCUGUGACUGAUAGUCAAUUAACAAAUGCAGCUCGUCAUUUUCAAGAUAAUAGACCACCAGUAUGGUCAUGGACAAACUCGCAUGGCGCAGCAUUAGUGAAAAUGUCCGAAUUGGUGCCAACUAUAACGGAGAGAAUACAAGAAAAUAUUAUGUUUGAAAAUGUUCGCAAAAGCCAUCCUCAAAAGAUGCCUCCAGUUGUUAUCGAAUUGAAUAAAGAAAUUAAUGUAAAGUUAAUAGCAGCAAGUUUUAACAAAUUUAUUAGUUUAUGUUCACCAGAAAAUAUAAGACAAUUCUGGAUUCAAGAUAAUAAUUUUUAUUCAUUGUUAGAAAAUACAAAAUGGCUUAAAUAUAUAUCGUAUUGUCUACAAAAGGCAGUUGAAGUUUGUGAACGACUUAAUUUAGGAAUUUCUGUUAUCUUACAAGAAGGUGCUGGUAGAGACUUAUGCUGCAUUAUAUCAAGUUUAGCACAACUGUUACUGGAUCCUCACUUUCGUACUAUAACUGGUUUUCAAUCAUUAUUACAAAAAGAAUGGAUCGCUGGAGGCCAUCCAUUUUGUGAUAGAUUGGGUCAUAUUGUAAAGUCUAAUUCUGGAAAGUCUCCAUUAUUUCUUUUAUAUCUCGAUUGCGUUUGGCAAUCGUGCCAACAAUAUCCAACGGAAUUUGAAUUUACGGAAACAUAUUUGACUACAUUAUGGGAUGCGGCGCAUAUUUCCAUUUUCGACACCUUCAUCUUCAACUGCGAAAGAGAUCGGGCGGUGGCAGCUAUGGAUCCUAAUACGCCUCUGGUACUUCGUAGCGUUUGGGAUUGGCGGGAGCAGUUCAACGAUCAGGAUAUAUUGUUAUUUUACAAUCCUCUAUUUAUUUCUCAUAAUAAUAUGAAGAAGCUGGAGAGUACAGUUAUAAAACCGUUGUACGCUGUUUCUAGUUUAGAAUUUUGGACGCAGUGCUAUUUUCGUUGGAUACCAACGCUUGAGAUUCGUAACGGUGGGCAAAGGCAUAUCGAACUUUAUAUUAGAUUACUGCAAAAUAAUAUAAAUCAACUGGAAAUUAAUGUAAACGAUAAUCGCGGCUUAGCUGUGGAUAAGAUUGUAGAUAACAUCUACUCCCUUCAUACGAAUAUUGAUAGCUUCUAUCCCUUCAGUAAUAAAAGAUCGAGAAAUACUAUUAGCGCACCGAUCAUGAAUAAUUCUAUCUAUUUAACAGAGAGCUUAUUAGACGCACAAUCAUUAAUGACUACGACCGACUGAUACGGACUGCUAUAUUCAAUAUUAUUCAGAAUGUACCUGAUUACAUUCCCUUUCCUUUUAGUUUGUGGAUAGCGCAAAACAAUUUUUCAAACCUUUGUUUCUCCUUAGUGUAAUAAAAAUGAAAACAAAAUAAAUGUUAUUUUGAAAAUUA